UGGCCCCGCCCCUCCGCGGGCACUGACUCCGGCUUGGGUCUCCUAUCUCACUCCCCCCGGCACCCGUGAACCCCAGCGCUGCUAAGCCUCGGACGGACUCACUUCUCCCCACCGUUGGGCAGGUCCUUGCUCUGGUGCUGGUGGCCGCCUUGUGGGGUGGCACGCAGCCGCUGCUGAAGCGGGCCUCCGCCGGCCUGCAGCAAGUGCAUGAGCAGACGUGGGCCCGGCAGCUGCUGCAGGAGAUGAAGACUCUCUUCUUGAAUACUGAGUAUCUGAUGCCCUUUCUACUCAACCAGAGUGGCUCCCUUCUCUACUACCUGACCUUGGCAUCAACAGAUCUGACUUUAGCUGUGCCCAUCUGUAACUCUCUGGCCAUGGUCUUCACACUGAUUGUUGGGAAGAUCCUUGGAGAAGAUGUUGGUGGAAAACAGGCAGUGGCUGGCAUGGUACUCGCCAUCACAGGGGUCACACUUUGCAUCACAAGCUCGGUGACCAAGACCCAGGGCCAACCCUGACGUUCAGUUCUACUGUGUUGUGCUGUGUUCAGCAGACUCCAGGCACUGAGGUGCACCGGGGGGAUACACCAGCUUGGCUCGCUAAGCUUAGCCCCCUCAUCUCUCGGAUCACAUCUACCUCAGGGUCCAGAGUUCCACGACAGCCAAGGAAGGCUACAUGGAGAAACCCUGUCUCAAAAAAACCAAAAAGAAGAAAAAAAGAAAAAGGACCAAGGACCAGCCCUGGGAUGGUUUUGUAAUCUCUGGUGGGUUCAGCUGUUGUUGAGAUUUAGCACUGGAGCCAGGAGUCGUGGCACAUACCUUUAAUUCCAUCAAUCAAAGGCAGCUACACAGAGAAGCCUUGCAUGAGAGAGAAGGAGAGGAAGAGAUUUCACACUGGAGACUUUUACACACACCCCAGCAGCCCCUGCCCAGCAGCUGUCUGUUACUGCCCUGCUCUAGUCCACAUAGCCUCAGCUGUGUGGAAAGGGCUGGCUGCAGUCUCUGAACCAGGUUGUGUCUGGAGAGCUCCACAGCCUCGUUACUGGGCAUUACUCAGGGAGAGUGGUUACAUUAGAAUGGCAGAUGGAAGAAAAAUGAGCUGGCCCUGGGCAAAAAUGCUCAACUUCCAGUUCCUCGCUGCAAACACCUGGCCAGCAGCAGCUUUCAAUAAAUCUGCAGCAAACAAAGCUUA